CUGCCUUGUCUGCUCCGAGUCUAGUCACCAGCUCCUGGGGGGCAGCGAGGAGGAGAAGCUGCCGCAGCAGGAAAGCACUGGGGCUGCAGCCAGUGAGUGGCAGCGGGAGCAGGGCCGUUUCCUGGCCAUUAACUUGACCUGCAUGAGCAGUGCCUGCCCCAAGAGCCCCGAUGGCCUCUCGCCCAGCGCCCACCUAGCCGACGGCACGGCCGACCUCAUCCUGGUGCGCGAGUGCUCAGCCCUGGGCUUCCUGCGUCACCUGAGUCGGCACAUGGACCAUCGGGACCAGUUUGACCUGCCCUUUGUGAGUGUGCACCGGGUACGGGCCCUGCGCUUCACCCCCAAGCAGCUGGAGGACAGCGAGGAGGGGGAGCAGCCCAGCCGCAGGGGGUGGAAGGGGCUUCUAGGGGGGCUGUGCUGUGGGGAGCAGCCACUGAGCUCCUGGAGCUGUGACGGGGAGACCCUGCCCCACGCCAACAUCAGUGUCAGGGUGCACAGGCAGCUCAUCCACCUGUUUGCCCGGGGCAUCGAGCAGGGGAUGGGCCUGGUUUAGGGGCUGCCUGGAGCUGCGUCCUGUGAGAGGGCUGUGCCCUCACCAUCAGCGGAGACCAAGAGCCCAGCAGGGCAACAGAGAUGCUGUGGUCUGCAGGGACAGCUGCGUGUCAGAGCCCUCUGUUUGCUCCCUGGCCCCCAGAGGGAGCUGUGCCAUGCUGGGUCAGCAGUGGGGGGUCAAACCAUCCGCACCUGGCUGGCUCCGAGGUGGGGUGGGGACAGGAGCGGGACCCGCAGUCCUCUGCAGCGACCU